CAGCUGUGGGCUGUGCGCAGGGCGCGGGCCAGGGCGGGGCGUCUGGACAGCAGAGGUGAAGGGACGAGGCCGAGCUCAGACCGCACUUCUCCGGGCACUGCUGACUUGUCUCUCCGGUCUGUGUGUCUUUCGUGUCCCCGCUGCUACAGAGAAUCUAUCAAAAUGUUUCUGGCUAAACGUCUCCUGGGAGGCAUCGUAACCGUCAUCAGUAACAUCGACCCUGCAGACUUCAAAUCCUCAGACCCCCCUCCUCCACGCAGACCCCUCAACUUCGCUGAAAGCCAUGAGUCUGAGGAGGAGAAGAAGUUCAGACAGACGUUCCAGCAGCUCGCUGGAGAUGACAUGGAAAUCAGCCCUGAGGAGCUGAAAAAGAUCCUCGACAACAUCUGCAGAAAGCGUGGUCUGGAGAUCGGUACUGAUGGCUUCAGUAUCGAGACGUGCCGCAGCAUGGUGGCUGUCAUGGACAGCGACAGCACAGGCAAACUGGGCUUCCACGAGUUCAAGUUUCUCUGGGGCAAUAUCAAAAAAUGGCAGGGCAUCUUCAUGAAGUACGACAGGGACAGGUCUGGCCGCAUCUCGUCUCAUGAGCUGGCCGGCGCCUUGGCGGAGGCAGGUUUUCGUCUGAACGACCCGGCAAAGAAGACAAAUGACCUGUACAGCCUGCUCGUGCGUCGCUAUGCCGACCAGGACGGACAGAUGGACUUCGACAACUACGUGGGCUGCCUGGUGCGCCUGGACAGCAUGUGCAGAGCGUUUAAGACUCUGGAUAAGGACAACAACGGAACCAUCAACCUCGGCAUUGAGGAGUGGCUACAGCUGACCAUGUACUCUUGAGCCCGGAGCUGCGGAGACCAUCUUUGGGACCACACUCUAACAUUCCACUUGGGACCAAAUACCUGCUUUUUCUUUGUGAGAUAAAACGAUAAUAAAUGAUGUCAUGUUUCGCACUCA